CUUGUUGUGCUGUUUUGAAGUGUUGCCUACUUUUUAUUGACACUUCAAGCAUUGCUUUUCUAUUCAUGUAUACACACUGGUGACGUUACAUUCGCUUGGUUUUAAGCUAGAUACUUAAGAAUAAAAACUUAUAGUUCUUUGCAUUGCAUUAUCUCAAGUAUCCGAUGAUUUUUCACAGAAUAGUUCUUUUCGCCUUUAUUGGCAAUGCUAUUGCUGCCGCGAUAGUGGAAGGGCGGGCAAAGACCUCAUCAACCACAACUUCCUCAACCACAACUUCAUCUUCAUCCACCUCUUCAUCCUCCUCUUCAUCUUCAUCUUCAUCUACCUCUUCAUCCAGCAAAAUCCAAACAACAGGCACCCUAACCGCCAACUUCGCCGCCUCUGCCACGGCUGCGACCGCGACCUGUGGCGCUGGUUUCCUCCCUGAGACAGCCACAAACCAAGCGCGCGCCGUUCUCCAAGCCAACACGACCAGUACCUGCGCCACCAUCCAACCAGGCUGGCCUUGUUUCGGGCUCGGUAUGAAGGGCAGCGAAGAUACUGUCUCGAGUUUAACUGGGGCUUUUGGGAGUAUUCAAUAUUAUGGAGCUAUUGCAUUUUUAUGUAAUUUGAGUAAGGUGCCGAUGAUGAUUUCGGGGCUGGAUGUAGAUGUUUUGGAUGACCUGAUUUAUGUGAAGCAUUGUGCGAAUUAUACGCCGGCGGCGUUGAUGAGUCCUGGGGAAUGGGUGUAUGGGUAUUUGGAUUGGGAUACGGUGGCGAAGGUGGGACAGAGUAGUGAGUUGUGUACUCAUGUUAUGAGUUCGGUUGUUGCUUAUCCUAAUCCUAUGUCGUAGUUGGGAAUUUGAUAAUUCGAGUAACUAGUUUGUUGGCAUUUUUCUGCGUGUCAGCUUGUACUUGGGAUGUUGUAGCUGUUGGUUUCUUCAAUAAUAUGAUGGUUUCCGUUGUCAAUCAUGACUGCUGAAAAGUAGAAUUACGGAGUCACCGGACGUGAUGCAGAGUACAAUGAACAAGUUGUUUCCUGACAUUCUGAAAUCUUGAGUGUCGGAAAAUGAAGCAGGAAUCACUGGGAGUAAAAGUUGGCAUCAGGAAGAAUUCGCUUCUGCGAUACUCAAACAUUUGUUUCAUCGCAGAAGCAAUUUGGUGAAAGCACAAAUCUUGAGUGAGCUGCUCCCAAACCAAUAUUGAGUCUUGAACAAAAGAAUGUAAGAUCUUAGAUUGCUCCCAGCAGACGUUUGUCGUAAUGAUCGAAAUCUCAUUAUUUCUAGGUCUUGCUUGGGACGAAGGAUCUUCGAUAAGGUGCUUGAUCUUAUUGAAUGCGAUUUAGAUUUCGACAUCAUUGAAUUGAUCAGCACGAGUGCAUUGAUUUCUGUGGUGAUGCAAUCAUCCCGAUACCCACAAAAGAAAGAUUCUUCGCGGGGCGCUGAGAUGUUCUUAUCAGCUAAGAUCUGUGCCCUUUCCACGUUGUAAGACUUAUAUCACAUGUCUCGCAUCCAUUGAGAAGAUUAUGGAUGGCUUUACAUUUCA